UCUUCGGACACAUACACUGUCAAUAUACUCUCUCAUUCUUUAAAUAAAACAUCACCUGAUACUUUUAAUCUAUAUACAAAGUUAAAGUAUCUCAUGGAUCUAUAGUGUGAUUCACUUGUCGCGAUUAAAUUCAUCUUCUCACGAGAUAAUUCAAUAAUAAACUUCCUAAAUUUUUAUUUUACUUCGCGCAUUGUGUAUCAUGAAUUUUAUCGUUUGGAGAGUAAAAUAUUAUCAUAUGAUACUAAAACUAAGUACAUAAGAAAGUAUAUAGAGAAUUUUGUGUUUUUCAAGAAAAUAUGUUUCGAUGUAGUAUCUCAAUUUUUUUUACAAUAUUAUUGCUACUUGAAUUGGCCGCAAUUCAACAGACAUCAGUUAAAGUGACAGAAACGGAAAAAGUGUUUUUUGAUUUUCGAUCGGAUAAUGGAACAAAGAAAAAUAAACCAUUUCGGAUCAUUUUUCCAGGGACACGUUGGUGUGGUGAUGGAGACAUUGCAGAACACAAUGACGAUUUGGGACAUUUUAAAGAAACCGAUGCUUGCUGCCGACAACAUGAUCUUUGUUCAAAUAUAAUAUAUUCUGGAGAAUCAAAAUAUGGCCUUUCGAAUGGUGGACAUUUCUCAAGAGUAGAAUGUUCCUGUGAUGAAGAGUUUUACAAUUGCCUAUCAAGUCUCUGCUCACCACUUGCUUUAAGUAUUGGAAUAACUUACUUUGAUAUUUUAAGACCACAAUGUUUUACACUUGAUUAUCCUUAUUAUGACUGCAUUCAAGAAGAAAGUGAUUCAACAUCAUGGGAGACUUGUAACAGUUGCAAGAUUGAUAAGACAAAACCAAAAAAAUGGCAAUGGAGGGAAACAAAAAAUUUCGCCAAUUCUGAAACAUCAAAAAAACUAUUCACAUGUUUUGAAGAUGUUACUGCCGAAAAGUUAAAAAUAACACAGGAAAAAAUAUCGAAUUUCAUUCAAGAAAACGGAGUCGAACCAUUAAUCAAAAUGUGUUCUAAUUUACCAUUUGACUCGUGGUAUAAAAAAUUCUUAUGUCCCAAAAUUCUUCCCUUUUUUGUUUGAUAAUUAAUUUAUAUACAAACUAUUAAAUUAUAAUAAUGAUGUAUUUUUCUAUUUAUAGAAAUCACAGAAAAAAAAUAUUAAUUUUAUCUCAGAAGCUAAAAUUUUUUUGAAUCAAAU